AGGCAGCUGGCUGCAUGUUUGUUGACAGCAGUCGGGGCGAGUCCUCUGAUUCAUUAGUAACAGUAGUUUGUGACAGUCAUUUAAUGGGUUAAACUCGCAAAUUUAUAUAUUACAUCAGCCAGCAGCUGGAAACCAUGAUCUGAGUGAUAACACUCACUGCAUUGAAAUGGACAGUGACAGAGGAGGAAGAGGAGGAAGAGGAGGAGGUGGUAGAGGAAGGAGGAACCGUGGUGGAGAGGACAGAGAUGUCCGCCUGUCCAAAUCCAUGACUUAUGCUCUGCGUCAUGGAGCCAACCAGAUGGGUCUUCAAAUGAGAGCAGAUGGCUUCUUGUUUGUGGAGGAGCUCUUGGCCCACCCGCAGUUUCGCUCUUACUCAUUGGAGGACAUCGAGAGAGUCGUGGUCACAGAUGACAAGCAGCGCUUCAAGCUGCGUUCGCACCCAGAGGAUGGACGGAUGGAGAUUCGAGCCAACCAGGGCCAUUCAGUCCAGGUGAGGGAUUUGGAGCUGAAACCGGUCCUGCCUGGUUCUUCAGACUAUCCUGCUGAGGCCGUUCAUGGCUCCUACCUCAGCAAAUGGAGCUCUAUCCAGCAGCAGGGUCUGAGCCGCAUGACGAGGACGCACAUUCACCUGGCACCAGGACUCCCAGGGGAGGAUGGCGUCAUCAGUGGAAUGAGAACAAACUGUGAUCUUGCCGUGUUCAUCGACGUCCCAAAAGCUCUCGCUGAUGGUAUUGAGUUCUUCUGGUCAGAAAACGGCGUGUUGCUGACUGCAGGUGACGCAGAGGGAAAACUUCUCCCAAAGUACUUUAGCCGAGCCUUAAGACUGAGACCUACACAGAGCAUCCUGCCACUUCAGUAGCAGCAGCCUGCAUCACCUCUAUUAUGUAACCUUGGGGACACACACCUCAGGCUUCCUGGAAGACGGCUCCUACCAAGUCCGCCAGGGGGAGGAACCAAUGUUUUGAUUGAUUGUGUAGGUGGGUCCAAAACAAUGGUUAUGAUACUGUAGUGUAUGAUGAUUUAAAUAUGCUGCAGCCAACCAGUGUCAUUAUUACUAAUAUUUGUUAUAACAGCGACAAACAAGAAGACAAUAACAACAAGUAAAACCACUUCAACUUUCAUCUGAGGGAAAGGACAGAAAAUUCAAAAAAGAAAUAUUUACAACUAAUUAAACGAUGUAUUAAACUAUUACAAAGAAGAGUUAGUUGAGACUCUCCAUUAUAUCUGUACAGUAAAUACAAAGCAGCUGCUUAGCUUAGCAUAAAGACAGAUUUAUCCUGUGAGCCUUAUUCUGUCAAUAUUUAGUUAACAAAUUCAUCUUCACAGCACCUUUAAAUAUCACAGCGUUAUAUAUUGUUUAUUAUUUUAUACCAUGUAAAAUCACAACACAUAUUAAACCGCCAAGUUGUUCCCGUCUGUUUCCAGCGAACAUGCUGAAUUUCGUCUGGAGUAUUUCAACUGAAAUUCUAAAAACAAUCUGGAAAAUGAAUAAAAGUGCUGUAGGAAAAGUGGGAGUUUAAAAAAAGGAAUAUGUAUUUAUUUUUUUGUUGAUUUUUAAAUUGGUCCAUUUUUCUUGUAGUAAUGAUGGUGUCAGUGAUACAAAAAUGUAAGAAUAGUUAGGAAGGUCUGAUUAAAGCUUUGAUUAGUGGAACUUUACCGUGUUGAUAUUGAAUAUGUGUCCAUCCAUGAGUGUACAACAGUUUUUAGUGUGAAUAUGAGCAUUAAAUUGGAAAACUUGUCAUUGAAAGAAUCAGAAAAACUGUAGGGAAGCAUCUUUAUUUAUCACCAAAUUAACCAACUUAAGCUAACGAAUUUCACUUUUUACAUUUUCCCAUUGUAUUGUUAGUGCUAAAGAAACUAUUGCUGGAACAGACGACCUGGUCAAUCUUACUAAAAAGUUAUAAAAUAUAUAACACACACACACUCACAACAAGCCAACAAACAUUUGAGUGUGUGGUUAGACAUGUGACUCUAGGAAAGCAGAGGGUGCAGAAACUGUGGUUUUUAUUUAACGGACUGACUUUACUGUGUCUUGUAAGAUAUGGACACACUCACAGCAUGUGAGAGGAGAUAAUUGAUCAGAAGCUUCCUGCGUAACAAACAACAGAAGUUACCACCAUAUGUCACAACUACCCGGAGUGAAGACAACAGAUCAUUAAAAGUGGAUUAUUGUGUUUAUCCUAAUAAAUCUUUGUUCAUCCAUA